UCACGGACGCUCCCGCGUCCCUUGUCAGACGUGCUUUGUGAUUGGGCGGGGUAUUUUCUCCCCAUCCCCCCGGCCCCGGCGCUCCGAUUGGUUUGGGAGGUGGGAGCCGAGCGCGCGGGCGCGGCUGGAGGCGCUGAGUGGUGGCGCUCCUCCCGGGGGCGGGGCUUCGAAUGAGGCGGGAAGCGGCGGCUGGGAUCGCGGGGUCCGCGCGGGUCCUGGGGUAGCUCGAGAGCCGCCGUCCGCCCGGUGAGAGGCCAAGGGGAGCUGACGGGGAGGCUUCCCCGCGCCUGCGGCCCGCUCUCGCUUGGGAGCCGGGGCAGGUGGCGCCCCAGUCCCAAAGGGCUCGGGAGCCAGGGCCCAGGCGACGUUUCCUGCCGCGGCCUGAGGGCCAAAGCAGCCCCCACCCCUUGGGCCUGGGGAGUGGUCGGGCCGUUGGGAUAGAGCACCAGGGGCGGCUUGGUGCUGUUUCUACUGGAAUCUAGGGCACGUCAUUUCCCCUCCCCGUGCCUCAGUUUCCCCAUGUGUACAAGGGGGCUAGAGAUCCUGACCUGCUUUGUAAAGCGCUUUGAGAUCUGCUGAGGAAAAGCUCUCUAUGAGAGCUGCCUGCUGCUAUCUUCUGUUGCCCUGUGUUGAAUUUUCUGAGAGCCUAAUGCUGUGGCUAAUUAUCUAGGGGGGAAUCUCCCCUCCCCCUUAAGUAUGAUUGAUGUCAGUCACUUAAAAACGUUCCCAAGGUGUCGGUCUGGUCCUUGGUCUGAUUUGAAAAGGCUUGUGGACAGUAGGGGUCUGUGACUGUUAGUGGGAUAGAGGCUGGUACACUGCUUAAAGGCGGAGCUCAUCCUAUUAUAAUGGACUAACUGGGGUCUUGGUCCUACCAUGUCAACACAAAUGCCUGAGAAGACUUCUGUUGGAACACUUACAGCACAAAGCCUUCAUCUCCAGUGUGACAGGGAAACAGCUUUUAUACACAGUAUUUCCACGCUGUCUAUGGUUGGUUUCUUUUAGCCAAGAUGUCAGUGAAUCCUAUGGCAUAUGAAGCCCAGUUCUUUGGUUUUACCCCUCAAACAUGUAUGCUUAGGGUCUACAUUGCAUUUCAAGACUACCUGUUUGAAAUGAUGCUGGUUGUGGAAAGAGUCAUUCUGAAGAAACUAGAAGGCUUUCCUGACUCUAAGAUCAGUCCAUUCCAAAUCCGUAAGAGCACAGAGAAAUUUCUUCUCUUCAUGAAGGAGCGCUUUGAUCACCUCUUCAGCAAAAUGGAACAAAUGCUUUUGCAGUUGGUGUUAAACAUCCCUAAAAAUGUUUUACUUCCUGAAGACAAGGUCCACCAGCAGUACCCCUACAGUAAGGAACAAUUUCAAACUCUUCAAGGUGAAAUUGAUCAGCUACAGAAACAAUACAAGGUUGAAGUGUCUGCUGGACAGGCCCUUUUAGCAGAAUUAGAAGAACAGAAAAUGGUUCAGGCAGAGCUUGAGAAGACCCUCCAGUGGUUUGAUGGGCUUGAGAACAUAUGCAGAGAGCACGGGACUAGCAAUUUAAAGGAAAGCUUUGCAUUCUUGACACAAACUUCUAAGAAACUGCAAGAUAUACUAAAGGAAGUUGAAAAGAAAAACAAAAGAUUGCAAAAAAGUAAUCUCCAUGUAGUGUAAAGGAAGUACUGAAAGGGCAGCAGAGAAACCAAUAAGACAAUACUUGUGUUACAAUACAUUUUUUGAGGAUCUCUCCAGAAGCAUUUGUAUAUAAGGUUUUGGGGGGUUUGCCCCCUCUUCCUUGCCAUACCAGUUUUUGACUGAAAGCUGGUGAGUGCAAUAUUCUGGCAAACCAUCAUUUUCCCCUCCUGAAUUCUAUAUAUACUGCUUAGACAUUUCUUUAAAUAGAUAAACAUACCCCCCAAGAGUGUCUAAAUGAGUUGUCUAAAUGGUAGCAGUGCAGACGCAAAAUAAGUGCAUUGUAAUGAAGACUUCAGUUCUCUGCAUAAUUCAUUUAAGCUACCUUAGUAGAUAGGAAGCUUUUUCUUUAAGGGUAAGAUGCUUCUAACAUUAAACUAUUUUUUGGAAGUCAAGACUUGUCAGUACUGAAAUGUUCCAUUUACAAAUGUAAGAAUGUGACAUCAUAGUAAAACUUAGGCCUUGAGGAGAAAUACAUUUAAUAAAUUUUGGAGUUGGAAUUAAUCUAGACAACGGUGAGUGGUUUCUAAAACGGAGGGUAAGUUAUUACUUCCAGUAUUUAAAAAAAAAAAAGUUUGAUAUUCUGAAGGCAUUAACAAAGACAGGACAGAGAGCCUGGAUCUUUUCUGUUUCUAGUGGGAGCAUUUCACAAAUAUUAAUCAGUAGUCAUACCAAUUUUGCAAAUGGAUAGAGUUAGUUUUGCUUUGAGCAAGAGGCGCACACUGUACAGUGCUGUGUGUGAAAAGGGACAGAUAUGAGCUACAGCGGAAUAACUCAGACUCUGGACUGCUUUGAAAGUUUUCUUGCACCAUAGUAUAUAUCGUAGUGUCAGCACAGCAUUAUACAUUGUGCAACUCUUGCUAAAAGCAAAAAACUUAAUUUGCCCAUGUAUACAAUGGGUAUAUUCACCAACCUUACACGGGUGUUGUGAGGACUGAUUAAUAUUUGUGAAGUCCUUUGAGGUCCUUGAAUUAAGCUUACUUUAUAUGGACUUGUUCCACAAUCUAUCAAAGUAAAUGUGAGUCUUUCCAUUGACUUCAGUGGCUUUUGGAUCAGCCCUUAUGUGCAUAUUAGUAUAGUAAAAAGAAGCUUAACUUUUACAGGGGCAAAACUUCCUUACUUUUUAAAAGAUACUUGCUUGAAAGAUGUUAAACUUCUGUAUAACUUGAGAGCCACUUAAAUAAAAAUGAUACAUAAAGUGACAAAAUUAUUUUUUCAAUGCAUUCUGAAACUAUACGUUCUAUGAAAUUUGUCAAAUACCUGAAGAUUUCUGGAUCAGCUCGAUAUGCUCAAAGAACAGGUCAACAAAUUUCAAGUGUCCACUGAUUUUGGGUGCCUAGUGUGACAUUUUGUGACUCACCUUGGGCACCCGAAGUCAGUGUCCACAUCUGAAAGUUUGGCCAAAGACGUUAAUUUUUAAUGUUUAACACUAGUCUUUGCGUGAACUAACAUGCAUUUAAUAACGCCUAAAGAUUUUCUAAUGGAAAUCAUUCUGAAGUAUUAUUUAGAGACUCAUUUUGUAUGUAUCAUUUAAAACGGUGUUUAUUUUUCUACAUUUUUUGAUCAGUAAAAUCUAAGAUUUCAUUUCCCCACCACUCAUUCUUAUAUUUAGUAAGCUUCUGUGCUACUGUAUGGCUCCAGCUAAAACUAUAGUUAGAGGAUUAGGAACAGAUGCUGAAUAAGAAGAUUAAUUUUUAAGAUGCAGCUUAGCCUGUCUUUUAUAAAUAAAUAGUUGUGUUUAACUUUUUCAUCCCCCAAAUUGCAAAGGCUGUUGCCCAUACUUUGAACUAAACACUUUUAUGAAAAGUCAUUUGUCUGUCACUUUGUAGAACUUGCAUCCUUUUACCAUAUUUUUCUAUUAAGAGUGUGAUUUAAGUGAAAAGUAAAUAAACAUUCCAGUAACGUGUAA